AUGAAAAGUCACCUUGCUACCAAGGCUUCUUGUAUCAGAUGUGGAGCGGCUGUUGAAGAUGCAGAGCAUGUGCUCCGCCGCUGCCCUGGUUCCGUCUGGGUUCGCGGCCAAUUGGGAAGACUUCUACCAUGGAUUUCAGCUUCUGCACCUUUCCGCCACUGGUUAUUUGGUCACCUUCAGAAUAGAGAUAAUACUCUGUUUUGUGCCAUGGCAUGGAAUCUCUGGAAGUGGAGAAACUCUUUCGUGUUUGAGCAGGUUCCUUGGCAGCCGGGUGAUGUGAUGCGACGCAUUCAUCUGGACACGGUUGAAUUUCACAGGUUGGCCCAGGGCACGCAGCGAUCAAAUCCCAUAGCAUCCGACGGGAUAAAUUCUGUGAUGUUGUAUACUGACGGAAGCUGGAACCCCCAGGUAAAUAGAAUGGGGAGUGGAGGUGUACUUCUGGAUGAAAUUGGCUGCUGGAUUUGUGGUUUCGCAGCAAGUUUAGGUGGCGGUGAUGCUCUCAAGUCGGAACUCUUGGCAAUGAAGAAGGGUCUGACGCAUGUUUGGGAGAUGGGAAUUAAAUCUGUUACUUGCUACACAGAUUGCCUGGAAGCUCAGCAAAUCAUUACAAACAAUCAGGACGUGGACACUUAUUGGCACAAAGAUGAGAUUAUUGCUAUUCGAGCAUUGCUUAACAAGGAAUGGAGAGUGUUUGUUAAUUAUGUACCCCGAGAACGGAACCAAGUUGCUGAUGCCCUCGCCAAGCUCGCUGUUAAUGAGAAUUGGGAUUGGAAGCUCUGGUCUCAACCACAACCAACAGUGAUAUCCCUGCUAUGUCAGGACGUUCUUAGCUAG